AUGGUUGGCAGAUUGCCUGGGGAGAUGACAAAUGAGACAGGAAAUUUAAUAGAGAUUUAUGGGAAGACAAUUGCUGAAAGAUAUGAGACCUUGGACUUCAAUGUGGAUUAUAUUGAUGGGGAAUUGUAUGUAGGCUGCUAUCUAACCCAGACCCUGCAAAUUGGGAUUUCUCCCAUCAGCCUCUUUGACAGCAAUAAAUUGCAACCCAAAAUCACCUUUGUCUUCCCAGCUGGUGGUAGUCUUGGAGGUGGUACUGAUCUGACUGUCACAGGGGAUUUCUUUGAGGAGCCAGUACAGGUUACUGGUGUCCCUUGUAAAGUCCAAUAGUCUCCCAUACAAGUCAGAUGCACCACUGAGACUGUUGGUAAGGGCAGGAAGCUUGGUGCCCCCCCAGCCAGCUUGCUAGCUUCCCCAGUCUUUGUGCAUCAGGCAGACUUGCUGAGCUCUGUGCUGCAAGAGGAAACAUCUGGGUCAGUUUACCCUGAGAAAGUCAUCAUUGCAGACAGAGUUGUGACUGAGGGACCCCAACCAUCUUGGCUAGGUGGGAGGAUAUUUGAAGCAAUAUCUGUGGUGGGGUCUUCUCCUGCUUACAACGUGUCCUGGUUGGUGUCUGCCUGUGGUGCAAGUCUGCCCCUUCUCUCUCGAGGACUAAGAGUGGCUCUUAGAGGGGGGACCAGUCUGGAAGGGGUAAACUUGGUGUUGUUUGGGUCUCAGCCUUGCCCAGGUUUGAAGGAUGAUAGAAAUUCAACAAGAAUUGAAUACAAAGUUCCCUCUCAGAGGACAGAAGGUGCUGCUGUAAACAUGACACUGAUUUCUGGAUGCCAAUCAACUACUGCAAUCAACUUUGAUCCUUCCUUGAACCCUGUUGUUGUAUCACUGAGCAGAAACAGAAGUGGCAUAGCAGGUGAAAAGACAGCAGACCUUGGCUUGAAUGGAGGAGCAAUUUAUCUGCAUGGAACUGGAUUUUCCCCUAGGAAGACUUUGGUCAUAGUCUGUGGCACCAGCUGUGGACUAUUGGACAACACCAUGACAACAGAUCUAAGCUGCCUUGCCCCAUGCUUACACACUUCUUUGGCCAUUUUUUGUGGCCUGACACAUUUGACUGUCGACUGUCAAGAAGACAGAGCCACCUUCACUGAAUGUGAUGUCCAAGUCACAGUGGGUUCUUCUCACCAAAGAGGAUCUCUGCUUACCUCUACCAACCCACCUCAGAGGCGUUUUGCUGGACUCUUUGCCAGCCCUAAAGUGGAAAGAGAUGAAGUUCUCAUCUAUAAUAGCUCCUGUAACAUUACCAUGGAAACUGAGGCAGAGAUGGAGUGUGAGGGAGCUAAUCAGCCAAUUACCGCCAAGAUUACUGAGAUAUGGAAAAACUGGGGCCAGAACACUCAGCUCAGUCUCUCUUUUCUUGGCCGGUGGGACGAGGACUCCAGCUGGCCUGAUGGCCACCAGCCGCGAGAUGGCGAUAACGUCACGAUAGAAGGCUGGACCCUGCUGCUGGGGACAACCACUGCUAGCCUCAACUUGCUGCGUCUCAAAGGUGGAAAAGUUGUGUUCACUAGUCCAGGACUUGUAGAACUGCAUGCUCAUUACAAUCUGAUAUAUGAUGGAUCUCCCGAAGCCCCCUUCAGUCACAGAGCACACAUCUAUCUUCCCCCUCUACUCUGCCCUGGAAGCCUCCACUCUCCACUGUUGUUUCCAUGUGGGGUCAAGUUCCUAGCAGUGAGGAAUGGAACCCUUUCCAUUCAUGGCUGGCUGCCCAAAGUGGCUUUCACACAUUUGAAGUCAUCAGCUUACAUUAAUGAUACAUGAUUACUGCUCCAGGAGCCUGUUGUUGAAAUCCUGGUGGGAGAAACAGACCUUGGAGAUGCACAGCAGCAAGAAGAAAUGACUGUCACUGAGUCUGUGAACAACACAGAGCUGUACCUUCAAUCACCUCUCAGGUACUUGCACAGAGUUGGAGAGGGAUGUGUGAAUGGCCAAAGCCUGCCUUUGAGGGCUGUGGUGGUACUGAUCAUCCCAAGGGUUAUUGUUCAAGGAAAUGUCACAAUGGAGAGGAGGUCACACCUCAGCCAAUGAGCAAAUGCAGAUGUUACAAGAGGUAGCUCCAGGUGUCUGUAUAUGCAAAGUGAGCAGCAGAUAGGCUCUUGAGCUGGAGUCAUCAUGGUCAUGGAGGCCUUUCAGGGAGAGGGGAGUUGGCCGAUGGUAGGGGUCCAGUUCUGCUAUGUGGGCCAAGUGUUUUGGUGGCACCGCAGUGCCCUGACUGUUGCUGGCAACACACAGGUGGUAGCUGAGAUGGCACCUGAUACUCAUAUAUGUGGAUGUUCUCUUCUGGACUCCUUUGGCCAAGGACUUCAUCUGACUGGUUCAAAUCUUAGUGUGGACAGCAAUGUUUUCUACAACAUUUCAGGCCACAAGCUUCUACCAGGAGAAAGACUGGAGGAGGAGAACAGAAUCAGUAACAAUGUAGUGAUUGGGCUUUCUGGGACAGAGGGUUUAUCCAACACUGAGACACUGUCACCAGCAGGGAUAUACAUCAGAUACCCUGCCAACCACCUGGAGCACAUUUGGUUAGGGCCAAGACUAAAUACUCCCAGAAGAUACCAGCUACAUCUCAUCUCUAACACAGCUUUCAGGAACUUUGAUGCAAUCACUUGCACAGUGAUCAGGACUUGUUCUGGCUGUCAUCAAGGGCAAGGUGGGUUUACAGUGAGAGCUGAACAUUUGACCUUCAUCAACUCACCUUUCCACAUGUCCUUCCCUUUUCCUCACCCUGCUAUUCUUGAGGCUCUUGACAGCUCUAUCAUGGGACAGAAAGGAAGUCAUCUCCUCCCUUCCACAGAUAUCCUUCCAGUAUCAUGCACAGCCAGUGCCAGCUUCAGUCAAGCUUCUGGUGGCAGUGUUUGUGGCACUGACCUUGUUUUCCACCAUCUGUCUCUUCAUUUAAAAAAGGCUCCAAGCAUUCCCUAUAAUUUAACUGUGACUGACAGUAGGAAUAAGACAACCACAGUCAAUUAUGUACCUGAUACUUUAUCAGACCUCUAUGGCUGGAUGGUUCUCCUCUCGGAUAAAGAGACUUACACUUUGACAUUUGACAACCCUUUGGUCAACAAGUAACUCCAGCAUUAAGUGACAUUUAGCAACUCCACGACCGGGAAUUACUUGCUGUCGGAACACAAGGAUCUUCCUGGCCAUUCUGAGGUUGUGGUGUCCUGUGGGACAAGGACUGGGCAGCUACUCCAAUCAUUGCCUUCGUAUGGAUGUCAUAGGAGCUGUGACUGGUAUCUUGACACCAGACUCAGGAAGCAGACGUAUUCAGUCACAGGAGCUGAUUUAAUUCAGAUCACACUGAAAGAGAAGGGAAGUGUGGUUUUACCUACCCCAGGUGAGUGAUAAUCUGUUUGGUCUUGGUCACACACAGAGACCUUGAGUGAUGUGGAGAAAGGCUGGGGUGGAUCUAACCACAGCAUUUCAGGCCUUGGAGAAGAUGUCAUCAUCUUACCUACUGAGGAAGGACAGAAAGGGGUUUAUGGACAGGUGCAAAUUUACAGUGCUUAUCCUAAGACAUCUUGGACAUAUCUGGGAACUGACACUUAUCCUGGCAAUGAAAGAUUUUUUGUGGAGGAUAGAGUAGAUUGGGAUCGUGGGAGAGAUAUUGUGAUCAGCCUUUCCUCCUAUGAAGCCCACCAAGCUGAAGCAGUUACACUGAAAGAAGUCAGUGGUCAUAGCAUAAGAAUUCAUCAAUGCCUUAUGCACGGGCUUGUUGGGCAUUCCCAUGACACAGAAGAUGGUAAGCACAGCCCUUUGGCUGCAGAAGUUGGACUCCUCACACAGAACACACACAUCAAGUCUGAUGUGGCUUGUGCCGGGAGAAUGCUGGUAGGAUGUUUUACAGACUUCAGUGGGACAGAGUUUGAAGGUGUCCUUCAACUCUUAAAUAUUGAAUUUUUGAACUUUGGGCCAUUGGGAUAUAUUCCAGAAGUCAAUCAAGAAUCAAUCAGGAAUACAUCCCAAGGGUCCUCAGGGGUGUCACCCAACAUGAACGGUAGCUGUGGAGCUGGCAUUAAAGCAGUCAUGAGCAAUGGGAUCUUGUUGCACGAUAUUGUGGUGUUCAACACAGUAGGACCUGGCAUCAGUUUGGAAGGCAAAAAUCAUUCUUUCAUCAGGAAGCUGGUUAAUCUGAGCAGACAGCCAGAAGGCUUAUUAAAUUGGGUUGCUGGCAUCAAGGUGAACCUUGUCACUGGGGUCUUCCUCCAUUGCAAUGCUGUGGCAGGGUCUGAGCGAAUUGGCUUCCAUAUCAGGGGCCAAGAGUGUUUGCUAGAGGGAGAGUACUGGAGUGAAAAUGUGGCUGAUUCAAGCCUCCAUGGUAUUCAUCUGCACCAGAGAUUCACCUUUACUGUUUUCACAAAAAGCUGCUACACUGAAGACAGGGAUGUCUGCAUCAUAGCACAUGCUGACCAUUUAGGCAUCCUGCCUCUUAUCACAGUGGAGACAUCAAGGAUGUUGCAAGUCAAUGAGAAGGACAAGUUCUACUUUUAGCCAACGAGAGAACAGACCUCUGAAGACACCAUGUUCCCUGAAAAGAGAAGCAAAGGCUCAAGGAAGGCCCUUUUCAAGGAUUUGGAUGAAAAUGUCCUGGACCUAGAACCACCUGUUUCUGUUUUCCCAAAGUCAGAAUCUGAAUGGACACAGUUCUUCUUGCAAGCUGGACUUUACAGAGAAGACAGCAAGUGCAUCUUCAAGCCCUCAGUACAAGGCUACUUCUGCAAGCAGGCAGAUCAUGCACUAGAUAGCCCCAAUAUGGUCAACCAGAGCCUGUUUCCAGUGGUAGCAAUGACUGACAGCUUUAUGGAUACCUCCAGUGAUACAAUUGUACAUACACUUUGUUAUCCUGCACAGCAGGGUUCUAUUGUCUUUUCUGUGUUGCCAUCCACCAAACUUACUACAAUUUGCUUCCCAGACCUAGCACCUCUGACUUUCAGACUUUACCUCCUCAGUGGUCAAAAUGCAACCAGAUUGCCCCUAGCUAUAGUCUACAAUGAACCAUUUAGUCUUUGUGUUUCCACUCAAGGGAAAUAUGUCUCUCCAAGCCCAUCUUCUUUUUCACUGAAUGAAAGGGCAGGAGCCAAUUACUUCAGCUUUGAGGACAAUCUUCUCUAUGUUCUCUUCCAUGAGAAGGAACCUGUAGAAAUAGUUGCUGGCCUUUGUCUUUUUGUGGCUUUCACUGUAACAGAGAUUGCUGGGGAAGAUGAUGAGGCAAGUAGAAAGUCAAUAGCUGAUUUCUUGAAGGUUUGUCCUGACCAAGUCAGAGUAGUCCACAAUAUUUUGGGAGGUGAAAGCAUUUUGAAGGUAAUCUCAGCCAAUGCUAGCAAAAAGCAAUAUCACUGCCCUAACGUGGCAUUUUGCACAGCCUUUGGUAGCAGGCAUGGCUCACAGGAAGUGGAGAGAGGACCAGUGCAUACCCAAGCUUUGCAGCCAUCUGAUGCAGCUGGUCCCUCCAGAAUGCACAUCGUUGAACUUGGUGAUCUACCAGACCACCCAAGAAAUGAGCUGACAAGUGACAGUUUGAAGAGUUUGGCCAGAAUAGUUAUCAGCACUCAUCAGAUCGGAGUCCUUCAGGGAGACCUUGACUUGCCUGUUGAUACCUUAAUGGUGACUCAGUCUGCCUUACUGUUUCCAGCAGAAGCUAGCAACAGGGAGUACAUGCUAGCACAGGGUCAAAGAAUUGACAAACUGGGGCCUCCUUCAGAACCCUGGGUUGUUUCAGCUCACCUCAAAGGCUCCUCUGAGGCUGGUUUGAGAGGGGCUAAGCUUACUGUGCUGUCUCAGCCAUUUACCAUCUUCCCUGGCCCCAUGGGAGUGAAGGCCAGCAUGAUACUUGUGAGACUGAGUUCUGCAGCAUCUGCAUUCAUGCUCUCUCUUACAGUCUGCUGGUUCAAGAAGAACAGUAAUGAUGUGACUGUAUUUUUCCUUUCAGAAAUGAGGACUGAACGAGCUGAUGCACCACAAGCUAGCACCAAGGCACCCCAUAAACAAGUGCAGCCUCAUGCAGCUCACAUCCAGCCUUGCUCCAGUCAAGGAGAAAAUAAAAGUAGCUUGCAUGUAGCAGGAGACAUGGAAGAAACUGCAACAGUAGCACAUGCUGCAGGACAGCUGGGGAAGGUGAAUCCGCAGCCCUGUGAAGCCAGAAUAUCUCCUGGUGACUUUCUGGAAUUUAAGCAGCCAACUGCCCGUCAGAAGGAUGUCCCCCAGCCUUCAGCUCAUUGCAGUGAGGACAAAGAGAAGUCUGAAAGGACGAUCAAACCUCAGAGUGAUGCUGAAGAACACAUUGCUGUGGUAGCAGCAGAGGUGUAA